AUGAUACCGAAAGAAUACUUCCAACUACACCCGGGUGGCAGUGGUUGUAUUCCCUCCAGGGGUCUGGGCACUUUUCAACCUGAUCCUCAAUCAUAUCCAAAUGGAAGCGUCAAGCAGUCUGUAUUGACUGCUUUGCGAGCGGGUUGUCGACAUAUUGACACUUCUCUGAGAUAUGAUAAUGGACAGUGCGAAAGGGAAGUUGGUGAAGCCGUGAGGGAGUCUGGCAUACCGAGAGAAGAUAUCUUCAUUGUCACGAAACUGUACAAUGUUUUUCACGCCCCAGAAGAUGUGGAAGUUGGCAUGGAUAUGAGCCUCGCGAAUCUCGGAUUUGACUGUGUUCCGUAUGCGUACAAGAAGACAGAAAACUUUGGGACGGCGCGCCGCGAAGGAGGACGACCAGUCAUCGACAUCGAACUUUCCCGGUCUUAUGACCUUACCUGGGCAGCGAUGGAGAAACUUGUAGACAAAAACAAGGCAAAAUACAUUGGAAUUUCCAACUUUUCGUCCCCGAAGGUGAAAAGACUGCUUCAAUCGGCCAAGAUCAAACCUGCCGUCAACCAGAUCGAAUGCCACCCUCACUGGCCUCAGAAGGGGUUGGUAAAAUUAUGCCAGGAGAACAACAUUCACGUCACUGCUUUUGGGCCAUUGGGGUGCGCUCCGAUACCUGCUUUACGAGGGAGGAUUGGCCCAGGGCCCUUGGAAGAUGAGACGGUUUCGGUGAUUGCGAAGAAAUACUCAAAGACUCCGGCACAAGUUAUCCUAUGCUACCUACUCUGCAGAGGUAUUUCGGUCAUACCUAAGAGCAACGAUCCGACACGGAUAGUUCAAAAUUUCGACUGUAUCUUUGAGAUUGAUGAGAAGGACUUUCACUCGAUUGACAAUAUCAUGGGUGAGAACGGCGAACGAGGUAUCCGUAACCUGGAGUCGCUGGCCUACGUUGGCUUCGACAACUACAAUGAGGAGCUUGAAGAGCCCUAG